AUGUCUCAAUUCACCGAGCAAGAGUUCUUCGGCGGAGCCAUUCGAGGCGUUGUGCCACAAGGUUGGAUUGAUUCGAGCACCCUCCGCGAGGUCCCCGACCACCAAGAGCUAUGGCUCUCACCCACCACCCUCUCCAACCUCAUCAUCGAAAUCAACCAGCGCGUCCCACAGGCUGAAGCGCUAAACACCUUCGCCACGCUCAGCCACCAGCAACCCACUGCAGCCCCAGGUAGCGGCAGCGCAGCACCCGCAACCGCAGAGACAGUCGACCAAGCCGCAGCCCUGUACCACCUGCACGAUCUCUGCGAUGAAGGCGACACCAUGCAGGUGAUCACGUCUCCCACGCGCGUCGAAGUCCAGCUUGCUUCGUCCUCGCCUACCCCCGCUUCCGCUAUCAAGGCGUAUCGCGGCGUUGUCUCCUUCACGACGCCGGUGCGUGGCAGUGGUGCUGGACGCGUCCCUGCAUCUGCUGAAGGGUCUGCUGCUGGUGUUGCAGAUGCCGGUGUUCUUGGUUCGCAGAUGAACGGCGAUUCUAAUGGUUUGCCGCAGGUUUCCAAGCUGACGUGCCAUUUCUUGCUUGUUAGGCUUGAGGCGCAGGAGACGGAUCUGUUGGUCUUCUUUAAUGUGCCUCAUGAGGAGUUUGAUAAGAAUGGGGAUCCUAGGGGCUUGUCUCUUGAGGAGGUCCUUGCUGAGGAGACUAUCGGGGCUUUGCUUAGGAAAUUGGAGAUUUGUGACUGGAGUCUCUUUGUUUAA